UCUGUAAUAUUGUUCUGAAUUAUAGAUGAUAAUGUGCUUUCCUUAUUCCCAGGAGCUGUUGAAGGUUGUACUUCUUGGUGGAAGGAUGGUAUGGAAAAGUACAUACAAGAGAGGCAGGCUUUAUGACCCAGAGGUUGUACUUCUGAGAGGAUGUAUGGUAUGGAGGAACGCAAGCAAAAGAUGACAGGUUUUAAGACCCAGGAGUCUCCCCGUGUAUCUCUGCUGCGCUGCUUGAGCAAGUAGAAGAAGGGAAGGAAAUCAUUAGUGUAGAGGAGUACAGUGUGUAGAUGCUGCCGUUGCAGGAUAUCCUUACAGGAUUUCUCCCAAGUAGCCAUCCAAGAGAAUGUUUUACUUUUUUCCUUGCAGGGUUUGGGAACCAUUCUGUGCUGUUUAGCUGACAAGAGUCUGCUUCAUGAAAUAUAAGCAGACUGACCAAAAAGCUGGACACAUUUCUUUACUGUCAACUCGUGUGGGAAUUUUACUUGGAGUCAGCUGAAAUUUGUACACACACAUACACACGCACACACUCAAUGGAAAGAAAUUAAAGCCAGAAGGGCAAUGAAGUCUUGCUGUGCUCCUAAUGUCAGCUUUUGCAAGCAAGGAAAACAUUUUCAAGUGCUUGUGUGUCACUAGGAAAAUAAACCUGUCACAAUCGGGUGGAUUUUUAUACACAGUGAUGCUGUAUGGAUUGCAUUUUGUUUUAAAUGAAACUAUCCAGGAAAAAAAGAGAGGCUUGAAUCUGGGAUAUACUCAGGGAUGACAAGAAAGUAUCGUCUUCAUAACAGUGUUAGGUUCUAUUGCACACUGUCGCAGUAGAACACCUACUUUUAAGAAGUCUUGGGAUAAGGUUAUUUUUCUCUCUACCUUUUUGCUGCUUCGGAUCUUGUAUUUUUAUUUCUUGAAACGAAAGACAUUUGACUUCUUUUCAGCCAUUCAUUGGGAUGUAUGUUUAAUGAUUUGCUAAAUAUGCUACCGAUUUUUUAAAGGGGCAGCAUGACUUACGUUUGCAAACCCCCCAUGCCCCUUUUCAUAUUUGCCCAAGUAACGUCUUGAUGCUCAUCAUUUUCGCUUUACAAAUAUGAUGAAAUGGCAGCCCCGGAAGAAGGCAUACUUCCGACAGGGUGUUGCCCUCCAGUACCUCGGACGCCAUGCAGACGCACUGGCAGCAUUUGCGUCAGGGCUGGCGCAGGACCCCAAGAGCCUCCAGCUGCUGGUCGGUAUGGUGGAAGCCGCCAUGAAGUCCCCUAUGCGAGAAUCACUGGAACCAACCUAUCAGCAGCUGCAGAAGAUGAAACUAGACAAGAGUCCCUUUGUAAUAGUGUCUGUGAUUGGGCAGGAACUGCUGACAGCUGGUCAUCAUGGUGCUUCUGUAGUUGUCUUGGAAGCAGCUCUGAAGAUUGGAACAUGCAGUUUGAAACUGAGGGGAUCUGUUUUCUCUGCCCUGAGCAGUGCAUACUGGUCUUUAGGAAACACGGAGAAAAGCAUUGGAUACAUGCAGCAAGAUAUGGAUGUGGCCAAAACUUUAGGUGACCAGACGGGUGAAUGUCGAGCUCACGGUAACUUGGGCUCUGCGUUCUUCUCCAAGGGAAACUAUCGAGAGUCCCUGACUAACCAUCGCCAUCAACUAGUUCUUGCCAUGAAGCAGAAAGACAGAGAGGCAGCUUCGUCAGCUUUGAGCAGCUUGGGUCAUGUGUACACCGCCAUUGGAGAUUAUCCUAAUGCCCUAGCAAGUCACAAACAAUGCGUCCUUUUAGCGAAACAAUCCAAAGAUGAACUGUCUGAGGCCAGAGAGCUGGGCAACAUGGGAGCUGUUUAUAUUGCCAUGGGAGAUUUUGCAAAUGCAGUUCAGUGUCAUGAGCAACAUCUUAAGAUUGCAAAGGAGUUAGGAAACAAAAGAGAGGAGGCACGGGCUUACAGCAACUUAGGCAGUGCGUAUCAUUACAGAAGGAACUUUGACAAGGCAAUGUCUUACCACAACCAUGUUCUGGAACUUGCUAAAGAACUGGAGGAUAAGCCAAUUGAAAUGCGUGCCUAUGCAGGUCUAGGCCACGCAGCACGCUGCAUGCAAGACCUAGAAAGGGCCAAACAGUAUCAUGAACAGCAAUUAGAAAUUGCAGAGUCUCUCAAGGACAGGGCUGCAGAGGGUAGAGCAUCUUCAAACUUAGGAAUAAUCCACCAAAUGAAAGGGGAUUAUGACACUGCACUAAAACUCCACAAAACUCACCUUUCCAUUGCUCAGGAGCUAAAUGACUAUGCUGCACAGGGAAGAGCCUAUGGUAACAUGGGGAAUGCUUACAAUGCUCUAGGCAUGUACGAUCAAGCUGUGAAAUACCACCGGCAAGAACUGCAAAUCUCUAUGGAGGUGAAUGAUCGAGCAUCUCAAGCUUCAACUCAUGGCAACCUGGCAGUAGCUUAUCAGGCAUUAGGUGCCCAUGACCGGGCCUUGCAGCAUUAUCAAAACCACCUUAACAUUGCAAGAGAGUUGCGUGACAUCCAAAGUGAAGCACGGGCCCUCAGCAACUUGGGGAACUUUCACUGCUCACGAGGAGAAUAUAUGCAGGCCACACCAUAUUACGAGCAGUAUUUGCGUCUGUCUCCUGAACUUCAGGACAUGGAAGGUGAGGGUAAGGUUUGUCAUAAUCUUGGGUAUGCUCAUUACUGCCUUGGGAACUACCAGGAAGCUGUUAAGUACUAUGAGCAAGAUCUUGCAUUAGCUAAGGAUUUGCAUGACAAACUGAGUCAAGCAAAGGCAUACUGUAAUUUGGGCUUGGCCUUCAAGGCCCUAGAGAACUACAGCAAGGCAGAGGAGUGCCAGAAGUACCUUCUGUCUUUGGCUCAGUCUCUGAAUAAUUCCCAAGCCAAGUUCAGAGCAUUAGGAAAUCUUGGCGAUAUCUUUGUAUGCAAGAAAGAUGUAAAUGGUGCAAUAAAGUUUUACGAACAGCAGCUGAGUCUGGCACAUCAUGCAAAAGACAGGAAGCUAGAAGCAAGUGCAUAUGCUGCUUUGGGAAGUGCAUACAGGAUGGUACAAAAAUUUGACAAGGCUUUGGGGUACCAUACUCAGGAACUUGAGGUCUACCAGGAACUAAGUGACAUGACUGGUGAAUGUAGAGCACAUGGACACCUUGCUGCUGUUUACAUGUCACUGGGGAAGUAUAUGAUGGCAUUUAAGUGUUAUGAGGAGCAGUUGGAUCUUGCACAGAAACUGAAAGAUCCUAGUAUUGAAGCACAGGUGUAUGGCAAUAUGGGUAUCACCAAGAUGAACAUAAAUGUAAUGGAGGAAGCUAUUGGGUACUUUGAACAACAGUUGGCGAUGCUGCAGCAGUUGAGCGGAAGUGAGUCUGUGCUGGAUCGAGGGCGAGCAUAUGGAAAUCUAGGAGACUGCUAUGAGGCUUUGGGGGACUUUGAGGAAGCCAUAAAAUAUUAUGAGCAGUACCUAUCUGUGGCACAGAGUUUGAAUCGAACACAGGAUCAGGCCAAGGCCUAUCGGGGGCUUGGAAAUGGACAUCGGGCCAUAGGAAAUUUACAACAAGCCUUGGUCUGUUUUGAGAAAAGGUUAGUAGUGGCCCAUGAACUUGGUGAGUCUUCAAACAAAGCUCAAGCUUAUGGAGAGCUGGGAAGCUUGCACAGUCAACUUGGUAACUAUGAACAGGCCAUAUCAUGUUUGGAGCGUCAGCUUAACUUUGCCAGGGAAAUGAAAGAUCGGACGCUAGAGGGUGAUGCAGCUUGUGGACUGGGGACAGUGUACCAGCAGAUGGCGGAGUAUGAAACAGCACUGCAUUACCAUCAGCUUGACCUCCAGAUAGCAGAAGACACAAAUAACUCUCUAUUUCAGGGCCGGGCCUAUGGAAAUCUUGGGUUAACCUAUGAAUCUCUGGGUAACUUUGAGCGGGCCGUGGUUUAUCAGGAACAACACCUCAGUAUAGCUGCACAGAUGAAUGACUUGGUAGCAAAAACUAUGGCAUACAGCAGCCUAGGUAGAACACACCAUGCUUUGCAGAACUUCUCGCAAGCUGUCAUGUAUCUGCAGGAAGGGCUGAGACUGGCAGAACAGUUAGGCCGACGAGAAGAUGAGGCUAAAAUUCGACACCGACUGGGACUGUCACUUUGGGCUAGUGACAACCUAGAGGAAGCACAGCACCAGCUUUAUAGAGCAUCUGCACUAUUUGAAACCAUCCGACGUGAAGCACAACACAGUACAGACUACAAGUUAUCAUUGUUUGAUCUGCAAACAUCAUCCUACCAAGCUCUCCAGCGAGUCCUUGUUAGCCUAGGCCACCAUGAUGAGGCACUUGCAGUUGCAGAGAGGGGAAGAACGAGAGCUUUUGCUGAUCUGCUGGUUGAACGUCAGACUGGACAACAGGAUUCUGAUCCUUAUACUCCUGUGACCAUCGACCAGAUCUUGGAUACUGUUAACAGCCAACGGGGACUUGUUUUGUACUACUCACUUGCAGCUGGCUACCUCUACAGCUGGCUAGUGGCUCCUGGAUCAGGAAUCCUCAAGUUUCACGAACAUUACUUGGGAGACGGUGUAACAGAAAACACUGCUGAUUUCCAUGAAACCAGUAGCAUGGUCUUACAAUCAGCUAACAGCUCAACACUCGAGCAGUACAUCAAUAAUGUAAGGGAGGCACUUGGAGUGGAUUCCUACUAUACGCGAACAUGUGCAAACAGUGAAACUGAGAGUGAAGCAGGAGAUCUUAUGGACCAACAGUUUGAGGAGUUAAAUAACAAGCUGAACUCUGUAACUGACCCCACUGGAUUUCUGCGGAUGGUCAGCAGGAAUAAUCUGUUUAACAGGAGUUGUCAGAGUAUGACCAGCUUGUUCAGCAACACCAUGUCACCUGUGAAAGAUAACACGUCCUCUCUGCCCAGAAAGCUUUCCUCCCUCAAUAAGCCCCCGCUUCGAGCCCUUUAUGACCUUCUUAUUGCACCCAUGGAAGGGGGAUUAAUGCAUUCCAGUGGCCCUGUGGGUCGGCAUCGGCAUUUGGUAUUGGUAUUGGAGGGGGAACUUUACCUCAUCCCCUUUGCUCUUCUGAAAGGAAGCUCCUCCAAUGAAUAUCUCUAUGAACGCUUCAGCCUGAUUGCUGUUCCAUCAAUCAAAUCUCUCAGCCCAAAUGCUAAGUCAACUCUGAGGAAAAAUGUGCCAUCCUAUUCCAGUGCUACCUCAAUGGCUGCUGUCAUAGGGAACCCAAAACUCCCCUCAUCUGUUAUGGAUCGGUGGCUUUGGGGGCCAAUGCCUACUGCAGAAGAGGAGGCUUACAUGGUGUCAGAACUUCUGGGGUGUCAGCCACUGGUUGGCAACAUGGCGAUUAAGGAACGGGCAAUGAGUGCACUUAGCCAAGCUGAAUGCGUCCAUUUUGCAACCCACAUCUCUUGGAAGUUGGCAGCUGUAGUACUGACACCAAACAGUGAUGGAAACUUAGGUGGUGGCAAAAGCACAUUAGGAAACACUUACACUAUUCCAGAAUCACUCAGAAUGCAGGACGAUGCAAGUGACGUUGAGAGUAUUGCUGACUGCCCUCCACUCCAGGAGUUCCUACUGACUGCAGCAGACAUUUUAGACUUACGGCUUCCUGUGAAACUAGUAAUGCUUGGAUCCUAUCAGGAGUCGAACAGCAAGGUGACAGCAGAUGGUGUUAUUGGCUUAACUAGGGCUUUUUUAGCAGCUGGUGCUCAGUGUGUCCUGGUGUCUCUUUGGCCUGUUCCUGUAGCAGCAUCCAAAAUGUUUGUCCAUACAUUCUACUCAUCACUUCUGAAUGGGAUGAAGGCAAGUGCAGCCCUUGGAGAGGCAAUGAAGACAGUUCAGAGCAGCAAACAAUUUUCUCAUCCAUCAAACUGGGCAGGUUUUAUGCUGAUUGGAAGCGAUGUAAAACUUAACAGUCCUUCAUCUCUGAUUGGACAAGCACUAACAGAAAUACUACAACACCCUGAUCGAGCUCGGGAUGCUUUGCGGGUACUCUUACAUCUGGUGGAAAAGUCACUUCAACGGAUCCAGAACGGACAGCGGAACUCCAUGUACACCUCACAGCAAAGUGUAGAAAAUAAGGUUGGAGGAGUCCCAGGCUGGCAAGCAUUGCUCACUGCAGUAGGAUUUCGACUUGACACACAGGCCAGUGGUCUUCCGGCAGCUGUUUUCUUCCCAACUUCAGACCCUGGCGAUAGGUUGCAGCAGUGUAGCACCACCUUACAGUGUCUGUUAGGUUUGCCCCACCCUGCAUUUCAAGCACUUUGUAAGCUCAUUACUGCUUCAGAAACAGGGGAACAGCUUAUUAAUCGAGCUGUUAAAAAUAUGGUUGGAAUGCUCCAUCAGGUUUUGGUUCAAUUACAGACAAGUGAGAAAGAACAUGAUUUUGCCUCUUCUCCAAUCCAAGUCUCAAUCAGUGUUCAGCUGUGGCGUUUGCCUGGGUGCCAUGAGUUCUUGGCAGCUUUAGGUUUUGAUCUGUGUGAAGUUGGCCAGGAAGAAGUGAUCCUGAAAACUGGUAAACAGGCAAGCAAACGAAUUGUCCACUUUGCUUUGCAAUCACUCUUAGCACUGUUUGAUUCAACAGAACUUCCCAAGCGUCUCAGCCUUGACAGUUCCUCAUCAUUGGAGUCUUUGGCAUCUGCUCAGUCUGUAUCCAAUACUCUGCCUCCUGGAUACCAGAACCCACCAUUCUCUCCUACAUGCCCAGACAGUCUAGCUUCUGAUGCAAUUUCUGUCUACAGUCUGAGCUCCGUCACUUCAUCAAUGAGCUUCAUGUCUAGGACUGAGAGCACAUCUGAAGGCAUGGGACAUAGGGGUCGCCAAGAUUAUGAAAGGCCUAAAAAUAUAUACCCUCUGAAGUCUUCUGUGCCACGAAGCAGGUCUUCUCCACACACAAACGCAGGAGCUAGUAGAGAAGAGGAAGAAUAUGAAGGCUUUUCCAUCAUCAGUAACGAACCACUGAGCACAUACUCAGAUGCUCUGAAAAUGUCACUGUCUCCUGGCCACAAACAGUCUAAGGCUAUUUCAGGAGCAGCCAAGUCAUCUGUUAAUUCUAAAGGCAGCAUAAGCACUCCAAAUUCUCCAGUAAAAAUGACUCUGAUUCCAAGUCCAAAUUCACCUUUUCAAAAAGUAGGAAAACUUGCUAGCUCUGACACAGGAGAGUCAGACCAGUCAAGCACUGAAACAGACAGUACCGUGAAAUCCCAAGAGGAGAAGUCAACAAAGCUUGACCCACAAGAGCUAGCCAAAAAAAUCCUGGAAGAAACUCAGAGUCACCUAAUUGCUGUUGAGCGCCUUCAGAGAAGUGGAAGUCAAACUGAUAAAAUUAAUGAAAUCAGUGAUGGUGCUUCAAAUCUUGCUGGUGCAUCUGCUUUCAGAGCAUCUGAAACCAGUGCAUUCAGCAGGCCACUCAGUUCUACUCUAAAAAGCCAAUCUUCACCUGUGAGCAUGAAACCAAAGCCACCAACAAGGAGUUCAUCUCUUCAGAAGAUGAGUUCAGGAUAUAAUAGUCCAACAACUUCUGAAACAUCAAUCAA